AUGCCCAGGGAACUCUUGACCGUCUCGGUGGGACAAGCAGGCAACAGUGAACACGGCAUCUCUCCCGAUGGACACCUCGAAGACUAUCCUUACGCUCCCUCGGCCACUUCACUCGGCGACAGCCAGACACCCUUCGCUUCGACCUCGUCCCUCGCAAACCAGUCUCAACCGUUCCAUGAUCGCAAGGAUGUGUUCUUCUACCAGGCCGACGACGAGAGGUAUAUCCCGCGGGCGGUCAUGAUCGACCUGGAACCGAGGGUCCUGAACCGCAUCAAGUCGGAAAGCAAGUACAAGAACCUGUACAACCCGGAGAAUUUCUACAGCUCGCCCGAGGGAGGAGGAGCAGGCAACAACUUCGCCCGAGGACACGGGUAUGGCGACUCGACGUGGAACGAGAUUUCGGAGAUGCUCGAGCGGGAAGCGGAGGGGAGCGACAGUCUCGAGGGCAUCAUGCUCCUGCACUCGAUAGCCGGCGGCACAGGCGCAGGUCUCGGCUCCUACAUCCUCGAGCGCCUCUCGGACGUCUUUCCGAAAAAGCUCAUCCAAACCAACUCGGUCUUCCCCAACGCCGACACGGGUAACAGCGACCUUGUCGUCCAGCCCUACAACUCGAUCCUGACGAUGCAGCGACUGGCGGAACAUGCGGAUAGCGUGGUUGUGUUGGAUAAUAAGGCGCUGAGCAGUAUUUGCCAGGAGAGGCUGCAUGAGGAUCAGGCGAGUAUGGUGCAGAUCAACCAGCUCUGCUCAACCGUCAUGGCGGCCUCGACCCAAACGCUCCGCUACCCCGGCUACAUGAACAAUGACCUCGUCUCGAUGGUCGCGAGCUUGAUCCCGACUCCGAGGUGCCACUUCUUGACGACGAGCUAUACGCCGUUCAUGAGUGACAAGGCUGAGCAGGCCCGCGCAGUCCGCAAGACCACCGUCCUCGACGUGAUGCGGCGCCUCCUCCAACCCAAGAACCGUCUCGUCUCGACCUCGUUCGCGAGCGACGCCAAGUCCAAUUGCUACAUCAGCACGAUGAACAUCAUCCAGGGCGACGAUCUCGAUCCGAAAGACGUCCACAAGUCCCUCAUCCGGAUUCGCGAGCGCUCCCUCGCGCAAUUCAUCCCCUGGGGUCCAGCAUCGAUCCAAGUCGCGCUCACGAAACCCUCGCCGUACGUCAAGGCCCGCACGGCGCUGAGGGCGCUCGAAGCGAAUGCGCCCCCUCCGCCGCCGAGGGUGUCGGGAUGUAUGAUCGCCAACCAUACAGGGAUCGCCUCGCAAUUCGACUCGCUCUUCAACCGCAAGGCCUUCUUGACCGAGUUCCAGCGCGAAAACAUGUUUGAGAACGGACUCGAACCGCUCAGUGAAGCCCGGGCGGUCGUCAAGGAGCUGAUUGAGGAGUACAGGGCCGCCGAGAAGGUUUCGUAUGUGGACUACGGCGCGCCCGCCUCGCUCGACUCGGACCCGCGGCAGCGUCCCUAA